GAUGAGGAGCUUUCGAAGGCCAACCGAACAGUCUUUUUGGGAAACGUCUCCACGGCCGCCAUAUCCUCCAAGAGCUCGCGCAAAUCCCUGCUCAAUCAUCUCGCAUCAUUCUUUGAGAAGCUUCCACCUAGCAAGGACGGCACGAAAUACAAGGUCGAAUCCAUUCGCUUCCGUUCUACACCUUACGCAACGGCUAUACCAAAGAAAGCAGCAUUCGCCAAGAAAGAGCUCAUGGAUGCGACUACCAAAUCAACCAACGCAUACGUUGUCUACUCGACCGAGAAGCUGGCACGAGAAGCAGUUCGACAUCUCAACGGGACCAUUGUACUCGAACGCCACCUUCGUGUGGAUUCUGUCGCUCAUCCAGCCAAGAUCGAUAACAGACGUUGCGUCUUCGUCGGCAAUCUCGGGUUCCCAGCCGACAUCGAAGAAGGUCUAUGGCGAACAUUCUCCAAGUCUGGCAAAGUCGAAUCCGUGCGCGUAAUCCGUGACAGCACGACGCGAGUCGGCAAAGGAAUCGCGUACGUGCAAUUUGAGGACGAGAAUGCGGUGGAGCAGGCACUAUUGCUCAACGAGAAGAAAUUCCCUCCUAUGCUGCCGCGAAAGCUGCGCGUGAGCAGAGCCAAAGCACCCAAAAAGAACGCAAAGCCAGGAACCGGACGACCAACAGCCCGCCCAUCGACAGGAACAGGAUACCAACGAAAACUCACCGGCGCUGAAGCAAGUCAGAUGGGCCGUACGGGAAAAUUACUCGGACGGGCAGCAGCUGCAAAGGUGCGAAAA